AUGACAUCACUGGAGAGACUUAGAGACCUAAGUGAGAAUCAGAUCCAGGCUGUUCCCAGAAAGGCUUUCCGCGGGAUCACCAACGUCAAGAACCUGCAACUGGACAGCAACCACAUCAGCUGCAUUGAAGAUGGAGCUUUCCGAGCGCUGCGCGAUCUGGAGAUUCUCACUCUCAACAACAACAAUGUCAGCCUCAUCCCCUUGUCCAGCUUCAACCACAUGCCCAAGCUGCGGACCCUGCGUCUGCACUCCAAUAACCUGCACUGUGACUGUCACCUCUCCUGGCUCUCUGAUUGGCUACGGGCCAGAAGAGGGCUGGCCCCCUUUACCCAGUGUAUGUCCCCCGCCCACAUGAGAGGACUGAACGUCCCAGACGUCCAGAAGAAGGAUUUUGUCUGCAAUGGUCCGGCUCAGACCGAGUCCAAACCGUGCCUCCCUCCUGUGGCCGUGUGUCCCGCGAGCUGCAGCUGCAACAACAACAUCGUGGACUGUCGCCGCAAAGGCCUGACUGAGAUCCCUGCCAACCUGCCAGAGGGCAUUGUGGAGAUCCGUUUGGAGCAAAACCUGAUUAAAAGCGUCCCACCGGGAGCCUUCACUGCCUACAAGAAGCUCAAGAGAAUCGACCUGAGUAAGAACCAGAUCUCUGACAUUGCUGCUGAUGCGUUCAGCGGUCUGCGAUCACUCACUUCACUGGUGCUCUAUGGCAACAAGAUCACUGAGCUGCCCAAGGGACUGUUUGAUGGACUGGCCUCCCUGCAGCUGUUGUUAUUGAAUGCAAACAAAAUAAACUGCCUCCGGGUCAACACCUUCCAAGACCUGCAGAACCUCAAUCUGCUGUCUCUCUACGACAACAAGCUCCAAACCAUCAGCAAAGGACUGUUCGCCCCCCUGCGCGCCAUCAAGACACUUCACCUGGCACAGAACCCAUUCAUGUGUGACUGUCAUCUGAAGUGGCUGGCUGACUACCUCUUUGACAACCCCAUAGAGACGAGUGGUGCGCGCUGUAGCCAUCCUCGUAGACUGGCCAACAAGCGCAUCAGCCAGGUCAAAGGCAAGAAGUUCAGAUGCACAGGUCAGGAGGACUACCGCAGCCGUCUGAGUGGAGAGUGUUUCCAGGACUUGGUUUGUCCAGAGAAAUGUCGCUGUGAAGGCACUGUGGUGGACUGCUCCAACCUCAAACUGACCCGCAUCCCCCCACACGUUCCGGAACACACCACCGACCUGCGGUUAAACGACAAUGAGAUUGCUGUUCUUGAGGCAACGGGGACCUUCAAGAAGUUGCCAAACUUGAGAAAGAUUAACCUGAGCAACAACAAGCUCCGGGACAUCCGAGAGGGCGCGUUUGACGGAGCAGCUGGAGUUCUGGAGUUGCUGAUGACCGGGAACAAACUGACCGGGCUUCAGGGACGCAUGUUCAGAGGACUCACUGGCCUCAAGACACUGAUGCUGCGAAGCAACCAAAUCAGCUGCAUUGACAACAGCACAUUCACUGGACUGAGCUCUGUGCGUCUUCUGUCUCUCUACGACAACCACAUCUCCAGCAUUGCCCCAGGAGCCUUCUCUACGCUGCACUCCCUCUCCACCAUUAACCUCCUGUCCAACCCGUAUGUGUGCGACUGUCACUUGGCGUGGCUGGGCCAGUGGCUGAAGAAGACCAGAGUCGUGAGUGGAAACCCUCGCUGUCAGAAGCCAGCAUUCCUCAAGGAGAUCCCCAUUCAAGAUGUGGCCACGCCAGACUUCACAUGUGACGGUAUGGAGGAUAAUGGCUGCCUCCCCACCGCCGCCUGUCCGGACGCCUGCACAUGCUCAGAUGGUGUGGUGCGCUGUAGCAACAGAGGGCUCCACUCUCUCCCCAAGGGCAUUCCCAAGGACACCACAGAGCUUUAUCUGGAGGGAAAUUUGCUGACAUCUGUGCCCAAGGAGUUACCAAGUCUCAAACAGCUGUCAUUGGUGGACCUGAGCAACAACAGCAUCAGCAUGUUGGCUCCUUUCACUUUCAGCAACAUGAGUCAGCUCGCCACGCUCAUCCUGAGUUACAACCAGAUCCGAUGCAUUCCGGUCCAUGCUUUCGACGGACUCAAGUCGCUACGUCUACUAACCCUCCAUGGAAACGAGCUUUCCACUAUCCCAGAAGGAGCGUUCAACCACCUCACGUCACUGUCCCACCUUGCUCUUGGUGCCAACCCUUUGUAUUGCAACUGUGAUCUGCGAUGGCUUUCUCAGUGGGUGAAGGCUGGUUUCAAGGAGCCUGGCAUCGCUCGCUGCACUGGACCUCCCGACAUGGCUGACAGGCUGCUGCUCACCACACCACUGAACAGAUUCCAGUGUAAAGGUCCAGCUGACAUUAGCCUGAUGUCCAAGUGUGCCCCCUGCCUGGCUGCUCCCUGCCUGAACAAUGGGACGUGUGUCUCUGAUGGAGCUGGAGUGUACCACUGCACCUGUCCCUAUGGAUUUAAGGGUCCAAACUGCGAAAUCCCCAUCAACGCUUGUGUGAGCUUCCCCUGCACAAAUGGAGGAACCUGCCACAUCGAGCCAGGGAUAGAGGAUCACUUCAGCUGCGUGUGCCUGCCGGGGUUCGAGGGCCAGCGGUGUGAGCUAAACCCAGACGACUGUGAGGACAACGACUGUGAAAACAACUCCACCUGCGUCGACGGAGUGAACAACUACACCUGCCUAUGUCCGCCCAAUUACACAGGCGAUCUUUGCGAAGAGGUGGUUGACCAUUGUCUGCCAGGUUUUGACCCAUGUCAGCAUGACUCCAAGUGCAUCCAGGUCGGCCGCUCUUACAGGUGUGAGUGUUUGCCCGGUUACGUUGGGCAGCACUGUGAGCAGGACUAUAACGACUGCCUGGAAAACAAGUGUCAGCACGGAGCCGAGUGUGUGGACGCGGUCAACGGAUACACCUGCAUCUGCAAAGAAGGAUUCAGUGGGCUGUUCUGUGAGAAUCCUCCUCCCAUGAUCCUGCUUCAAACCAGUCCAUGUGACCAGUCUGACUGCCAAAACGGUGCCCAGUGCCUGGUGGUGGCCGAGGAACCCGUCUGCCGCUGCAUGCCGGGUUUCUAUGGCAAUAAAUGUGAAAAGAUGGCCACCGUUCACUUCCUCGGCAGGGAUGCGUAUGUGGAGUUGCCAAGUGUGGAGUUCCCUUCCAGAGUUCAUAUUUCUUUAAAGGUGGCGACAGAAAAAGACAACGGGCUUUUGAUGUAUAAAGAGGACCAGGAUCCUCUGGCGCUGGAGCUGUACCAGGGACACAUACGACUCAUCUAUGACAUGGCCAGUUAUCCCCCGACCACGGUGUACAGUGUGGAGUCCGUGAACGACGGCCUCUUCCACACGGUGGAACUCCUCAUUCAGGACCGCUCUCUCAGCCUGGUAGUGGACAACGGAUCCCCAAAGAGCAUGGGGAAGCAGACCUGGCAACCCACUACAGACCACAGCACUCGGCUCUAUAUCGGAGGUGUCCCAUCGCAGGUGGUAGCCUCCGGUUUGCGACCUGGUCCUGAUCGUUCACCCCAGACUUUCAAUGGCUGCAUUCAUAAUAUCCAGAUCAACGGGGAGCAGCAAGACCUGAGCUAUCGGAGCACAGGUGGAGGACAGCAAGGAGUUGAAAGCAAAGCCAAUGGCAUCCUUCCAGGCUGCCAUUUGUGCAGUGUGUGUGCCCAAGGCGCAUGCAGAGAAGGGGGAGGGACUGGAGUGACAUGUGACUGUCCUCCAGGACGCACUGGGCCCUUAUGUGACCAAACUACCACUUCUAGCCUCUGUGAGAAUCACAGAUGCGUUCAUGGCGGGUGCGUGCCAAAAGGACAGUCGUACAGCUGUCAGUGCAAUGAAGGAUAUCAGGGACAAUAUUGUGAUCGAGCACAGCAGCCUCCAGCCUGCAGGGGGCGCCGCUGCGGCCACGGAACAUGUCAUGUAACUGAGACAGGAGAAGCAGUGUGCCAGUGUCAGCCCGGAUACUCUGGAGCCUCCUGCGACUCAGUGUUGUCGUGUCAGGGGGAGAUGGUGAGAGAGCAGCUGAGGCGGCACCAGCCCCUGAGGACCUGCACUUCCACCAGUAAAAUCCCCCGUAUGGACUGUCCCCGGUCCUGCCAGGCCUCCGCACCACCGGGCGUGUGUUGUGGAGUAACAAAAAGUCGAAAGAGAAAGGUGGUCUUCCGCUGCACUGAUGGCUCUUCGUACUCAGAGGAGAUGGAGACGGCUCUGGAGUGCGGCUGCUCCAAGUGCCCAUUAUAA